GCCAGCAUGGCCGCUGGAGUGGGCUGCCUCUUCUCGCUUCUCGUGGCUCCCUCGACGUUCUGAUUCCACGGGAGUGUCACGGCAAAGACGGUCUUGGCCAGAGGAUGCGGGCGGCUCUUCUACGGCGAGGGGCUCCUAGGCGGGAGAGAACCGCGGGGCAAACGCGCAUGGGGUUAUUCGGAGUCCUGGUGCUGGCGCUGCGUCCGCUCCUCGCGUCAGGGUGUCAGGAGGACUUUCCAGGUUCCACGCACUGCCCUUCUGAUAACUUCUCCAUACCAGAAGGUUCCUCUGGGAUGACCAUUGCCAAUAUUUCAAAAAAUGCCACCCUUGUUUUAUGUCAUAAGAAUAGUUCCUCCUCUCACUGGGAAGACAUUCUUUCCAUAUCCACCAAAGGAGACAUGGAUGUCUUUAUUGGUGCAUACGAGGAACACUUCUCUGUAUCAGCAAAUGCCCUUGUUAUCAAGAAUGCUAGCAAAUGGCUUGCUGGAGGGUACCAACUUGCUGAUUUGCUUCAUAGAUCCUGCGUACAGCUAUUCAUCCUUAGCAUGCCUGAACCUUGGCACUGUCCUUCUGCUUAUGUCUCCAUGCCAGAAGGUUCCUCUGAGACAAUUGUUGAUAAUAUAUUGAUCAAUUCCAAUAAACUGGCUUUAUACAGGAAGAACCAUUCCUCCUCUGCUUGGCAACACAUUCUGAACAUAACCAAAGGACACUUGAAUUACAGUAUCAGUGCAUAUGAGGGGUACUUCCAUAUAUCCAACAACAAUCUUGUUAUCAAGAAUGCUUAUGAAGGACUUCCUGGAGAGUACUGACUUGUUUACUGGCAUAACGAAUUCUGUGUACAUCAGUUCUUCCUUAGUAUGCCUGUUUCAGGACGCACACAUGUUGGGGCCUACGUUGCACUAGUUUUUGUCUCCUGUCUGGUGCUCUGUUAUACAAUUCAUGUAUGCAGAAAAGAAGAAGACACCACUAAACCUGCUUUUUACUUGGAAAAUGGAACUCUGCCUCGUGGGUCAUCAGAGGUGUAAGAAAGUGGAACAGAUCCAUCUAGCAGAGAAACUGUAAAAUCAUCUCUAGCAUUAUGUGAUGACAAGUGGGACCUGCAACAAAACAUAUCCUCACCUCUUAAAAGAACUGCUCCUAUUUUCUAGCCUUACUCUUCUAGGAUACUACGCUGGAGUGCUGGGGUCCCCAAGAUGAUGUCCAUGUGUACUACCCACCCUCUGACACCUGCCCAUUCUAUUUUUUCUUUAAAUGGAAGGGCUUUGGGUGUGUUUUUCUUGUUCGGUGGCGGUUGCCUGUCUAUUUUCCUAGACUCUUUUGAGGAUGGCCAAUGCCAUGACCUCGCAGAGAAGCUGAGGAAGUGAGCUCCUUCACAUGUUAAAAACACAGGAACUGCCUUAUACUGAGUCAGAUCAUUAGUCCAUCUAGCUCAGUAUUGUAUAUGGUGAUGGGCAGUGGCUCUCCAGACUGGGGACUUCCCAACCCUCCCUGGAGAUGCCAGGGAUUGAACCUGGAUCCUUCUGCAUACAAAGCAGAUGCUGUGACACUGAGCUAAGAACAUAAGAGGAGCCUGCUGGAUCAGGCCAAUGGCCCAUCUAGUCCAGGAUCCUGUUCUCACAGUGGCCAGAUGCCCAUGGGAAGCCUACAAGCAGGACCUGAGCACAAGAGCACUCUCCCCUCCUGAGGUUUCCAGCAGCUAGUAUUCAGAAGUAUGCUGCCUCCAGCCAUGCCCAUCAUGGUUAGUAGCUGCUGAUAGCCCUAUCCUCCAUGAAUUUGUUUAAUCCUCUUUUAGAGUGUUCAAAGGGUCCCUGUGGCGAAGCCACUUUCCCUGGGCACACCCCCAACAUCUAUCCCUGUUGCUUGGAUGUUGAGGGAUGAGGCUGACAGCAGCCAAAUAACACUGGGGGCAAGGAAAGUAAUGCCCCCCAAAUAACCCACAAGUUAAGCAGUAUGCAUUUAACAAAUCAUCCCUGUGCCAUGUUGGGAACUAACAUUUAAAUCCUGAAAACCAAAAUAAUGGUCUCUUUAUAUUAUCCCAUUUCCCCUAACCUUACUCUGCCUGACCUCAUUGAUUCUGCUGAUACACAGGUACACAGUCUGGGGGUAAUGUUUGAUCCAGCUUUGUCACUGGAGACCCAGGUAGCAUCAGCGGCUAGGAGCGCCUUGGAUCAACUGUGGCUUUCCCUGCACCAGCAUAGCUUGACCACAGUAGCCCAGGCAUUGGUAACUUCAAGACUGGAUUGUUGCCAUGCACUCUCUGUGGGGCUUUUCUUUCAUAUGGUCUGGAAACUGCAGCAAGUGCAGAAGCUGUAGCACAAUUGCUGACAGGAGUUUGCAUAUUACACAUAUGCUCAAAGAUCUGCAGUGGCUGCUGAUUUGUUACCAAAUUUAAAUUGCCAUAUAAAGCCCCUCAACGGCUUGGGAUUAGUUUACUUGAAGGAUCAUCUUACCCUACAUGUACCUACUCAAUCACUUUGAUCUGCACAAUUGGCUCUUCUACAAGUGCCUCAUAAGGUUCAUUCCACAGCUGCAGUGAACCAAACUCUUAGUAUGGUAGCACCAGUUCUGUGGUUCUGCCUGCCUAUUAUACCAGCUUUUAAACCAACCUCUAUAUAGCUGUGCCUUUGACAGGAGCCUGAUCUGCAGACAUCAACAGGUAAUAGGGCUUGAGUCCACGUUUUAUACAAAACACACACUAAGUAUCAAAAACACUUCACUUGCUGAAUUUCUGUAGCUCAUGCUCUGAAACACACUGUGAUAGUGCCUGUGAAUGUGCACAGGAGGGAGAGAUGGGAAGCAGGCCCAUUUGGCCCCAUUGAAAGACCAACUCCAUUUGGCUCCUCCUCUCCUUAAACUGUGUUUAUUUCUGUUGGGUAUUAGAUGAUAAAGAACUGGUGCCUUAGUUUGCUGGCUUUCUUCUUCCCUUUAAUGUUGUGUCUUUAGAUUGUAAGCCUGUUGAGAAGGACUGUCUUGUUUUAUAGAUCUUACAUAAACUGCUCUGGGAGCUUUUUAAACCGAGCAGCAGGUUACAAGUGCACCUCUGGCCAAUGGAUAGGGCUACGGUAGUCUUUGGUCAUUUAAAAAUGUAUUUUUAUUCAGAAGUAUUUUCAUACCACCCAUAUUGUCAGGGCACUUUACAAAAGAAUGAAUAGAUGAGUGUGUGUUUGUAUAUGCACAUAUUUAUUAAAAGAUACAAGUUAUAAAAACAACAUAAAAUAUGUAUCUAAAAUGCAAAAAAUGAAAACAAAAAUGCAAUAAGUGAAAACAAAAGUCUUGGCCUGGUAUCAGAAGGACAAGAAACUAGUUGCCUGGUGAACCUCUUGACACAAUGGGAGUCACUGGCCUCCUGGUCCUGCCUUACAAGUGAGACCAGGAGGUGCUUCUCUUUACCUUUGCUAACUCUGUGGUCCAGGACACCUUCUGUGAAUUUCAAAUGUUUUCACUAUUUGUGUGGAAAUGUUAAUGUAUUUGCACCUUGUUGGAGGUGUUCUAUGUAAGUUGUGUUCUUAACUUGCAGAUAUGUAAAUAGACGGUAUUUAUUAAA